UAAGAAUGAAUUUUUUGGAUAGGGUGAAUGCUUUUUAUUUAUUUUUUUAGAUAAUCAUAAAAGGUUAAUCAAAGAACAUAAAAGAAAAGUUGUUUUUAAAUGGCUGAUGAGACUGGAUUUAGUAUAGGAGAAAGAGAUAAGUAAGUUAAUUUAGAAUUAUAUAAUAGAUACGGUUUAUUUAUAAGUAGUAUAAUUAGUAAGGGAAAUUAAAUCCAAGUGAAACUUUUGAUAAUGAAGUGUUGUCAAGUGAAAUAAAUUUUAAAAUUAAAGAGUUAGAAGUUUGGGGAUUAGAUGAGGAAGCUGUACAUUAAAUAAAAUUUUAAGAUUAAAAAAGAUCAUUAUUUACGAAAUGAAUAUUAUUAAGUUAAAUGA